CCAAUCGUCACUUUGACUGUGUCGCCUGCUAGAAGAGGUCGUCUUGCCAUCGGGCUAGCUCACGGCAGUCAGCCGUUGAAUCUCAAUCAAAUCAAAGUCACUGCGAUGCCCGAUGCCAUAAUCCCCCCAAACGCACGUGACAAAGGAAGCCCGACGGCAUCGGCAAGCAGCCCGUCUUUCUAACAAUGGACAGCCUUUCGCAUCUAGUUGGUCGCUAGCCCGAAUGUCUGCUUGGGGUGAAUUGAUGUCAAACCCCAAAGCAAAGCAACAUUCAUCCAACAACCAAACAAAACCGAACGAUGCCGAACGCUUUGGAUAUCCACGAUUAUUGUGAAUGCUUUGGAGCAGCUUCGUUCGAAGGUGCAGAUGAUGGACCAACAAAAGAUGCUGCAAAGCAAUUGCAGAUAUUUUUAGACACUGGUCAACUCAAAAACCUCGAAGACGUCCAUCAUGAUGACUCAGACAGCGCCUACGAAGGUGACGAGACUCGGUUCCAGUGCCGGUACAUGGAAGACGAGCGAAAGUACUCCAUUGGCAACCCCGAUUGGCAAUCUGUUGUCUGCGAACUCGUUGAGAAACAUGCCAAGUUGGCUCAAAUAGGGUUUCAUCCAAAAGGGAAACGCUACAAAUGGCUUCCAUUGAUGCACCUCAUAUAUACCGGUGCAAGAAAGGAGGUCUUGAAGCGAGUAUACAACCUCUUUCCAGAUGCUAUCGGGAAACCAGUCUCAGUGGGGAAGCGCAGGCAAAUCUAUCCUCUGACGUUUGCCUGUGAACAUCGCUCCGAGGAAGAAGACGUCAUCUGUUUCUUGAUCAAGGAAUGCACUGAUCUUCUCGGAAAACUUGUAGAGGGAAAGUUGCCUAUUCAUAUUGCGAUUGAGAAGAAAGCUCCACGGAGGGUCAUUGAGUACAUGUUGCAGAAGCAUCCCAAAUGUGUGCUGAAGCAAAGCUACCCAAAAGAUUGCCUGUCACGCGCAUGCCUUACGGAACGACCGAGAGUGGUCAAAGCGGUUGCAAAGAAACUUGUAACCCUUGGUGCCCAAAACUGGAAGUGUGACAAUCGAAUUGCCAUGACACUGCACGAUAUGCACUUAUUGAAGCUCAUACUGGAGAAAGUGAAGAAGUUUACUUUCGUUUGCGAUGGCAAACGAGUGGCUGAGAGAGCUCUGAAGCUCUUGAUUGAUGAUCACGAAGGCCAAAAGAUCCAAAAGCAGAUCAAAAAGUCAGGAGUGCAGCUUUGCAAGUAUGGAACAGCCGACCAGGGGCACAAUGACAGGCUAGAAUGGUUGAUCAUGAACCAGCAGUCGAUUCAAACUGUGUCGAUGGAAUGGAGAAGCGAGGUAGCAACAGUUGAUGUCGACGGGCCUGUGGCAACCAAUGACAGCAACAUUGCCGUGUGGAACAAGAUCUCUUUCAAUCGUCAGCUGGGUGCCAUCUCCAUUGCCUGCCGCGGGCAUGGAAGCACUUUUGAUCUUGCCAACUAUCUCCGACGCAGGUUCACGCAGUUGUCGUUCCGCAGAAUACAUUUGAAUCCUGAAGUGUCCUUUGGCGCCAAACAGUCGCAACUCAAGUCACUCCGGUUGGAGGAUACAACCAUCCCGUCUCGUAGUCUUUUCAAAUUCCUGAACUUUCUGGCAGACUUGCCUCACCUCGAAUCAUUGGUGUUCUCCUUCACAAAGGACCAAUCCAUGAGAGCAAAGGUGCCAAAAGAAGAUCUCACAUCACUUGUCUCCAAGUUGCUGGGCAAGCAGAGGUUGAAGUCACUCGAGGUCACGGGGCUACAAGUUGACGUUGGCAGGAUUGGCCAACUAUUGAGAUCCAACAAGAGCCUUACAUCUCUUGUCUCCAGUGAGAUUGAGGCGAAAGACCAAGAUGUGUUUGUAGAUUUGCUGAAGCAGCACAACUCGACAUUGUGUCGGCUCGAAUGUGGGGACAGCGAACUUCCAUUUUCGCAGGAAGCUUUGGCAAGUAUAAACUUCUUUACGACGAUGAACGCCAGCGGGAGAAGCAGAGUGGAAGAUCCCAACAUAUCCAUUGGAACGUUGGUGGAGAUCUUGUGUGCCCCUCUUUUGCGACCAGCUGAUGUGGCCUCAAACCCUGGCAACGACGACGAAAGUGAUGAUGACAGCGAUGACGAAGAGGAUGACGAGUAUGAUGAUGACUACAAUCCACAGCACAACAACGAACCGGAUGCAUGGUUUCGAGAUCCAGAAACGAAUGCAUUGAAUGAGACGAACGUGACGAAUAUGCAUUACUACCUGAUGCGGCAGUGUCCCCAUAUCUUCAAGGGACUGCGAGGUGUACCUGAACGGGCAUCGCGACCACGCAAGCGACGUCUCGAGCAAGGCGACGAGGAAGCCCGGCCUAUUGAUGCCCGACUAUGCAGGCAAAAGAUUGUUGAGGAUGAAGUUGAAGUGAUUGAUGUUAUUGUCAUUGAUGAUUAGUAAAAAUCCUGAGCAACUUGGAUAUUCUUGAUUGCUUGCCCUGUCCGCCUCUGUGUCUGAAGAUGAUUUGAAAGAGCGGGGUAUCAUACCGGUAGAUCAUAGUUGCCGAUGCACAAAAUUGCUCAUAUCUCCUGGGAGCCUGGCUAAGUAUAGAAUCCUUAUCCACCAUAUAGCUAGCCACCUUCCAACUAAGCUACCUUAGCAAAUGAAAGACAAAA